UUUUUUUUUUUUUGUCUUUUGUGCUCUGUUCCAUUCCACUUUGACUAAAGCACCAUGAACGACGAAGAGACGAGCGGCGCGCUUGGACACUCCCGCGUCAAGAUCAACCGCGAUCACUACGACGCAUCGCCGUCGUCGAUGGCUGUGCUCAAGCGCCAUUGGCGGAUUGCACUCGUUGCGGCCGCAUGGUCCAUCAUCAUUUUUGGCAUUGCUGUUGCCGCUCUCGACAAGGCCCAUACACAGGACGAGCAAAACAUUGCGGUGACUGUGUCCCUCCAGCCCAACGCGGAUUUGCUCUCGUUCCGUGCGGGUUCGCCCGUGACUGUGGCUGCCGACGGCACAAUGAGGCGCGGCGCCGGCACGUCGCUUUAUCGCAAUGCAGGCACCUUCGACUCGACCGAUGAAGUCACUCAUGUGGUCACGGCCAACUUGGACACUACGACGAUUGUUGUGGCCUACUGCGGAGCCAGCGGCUGCGUUGCCCAAGUCGGCCUCGUGCCCGCCGCGACUGUGACUCGUGUUGAAACCGAGACGUCUGUGAUCUGGAGCCCUGCAGUCUCUCUGGCUGGAAUGGCCGCCGUGGAUGAUGUUAUCGUGCUGAGCGCGACGACCUUCACCGUCGCCGGCCGCGGUGUCGUCUACGUUGCCACGGUCACUGCCAACCAUCGCGAUAUUUACGCCAAUGUGGCCGACACCAUCUCCCAGCUCAGCGCGUCCGUGAAUGUCUGCCCAAGCCCUUGCCAGACGAUCGACAAUCAGAUCGCUGGUCUGAGCGCAACUCGCUUGAUCAUUUCGUACUAUGACAGCUUGAACGGCAACAACCUGUUCAUCCGCACCAUCGAUGUUGCCAUCACGCCGUCGGCUGUUACUCUGACGAUGAACACGCCGCUGCAGUACCAAAGCGGCCGCACCGCCUCCAGCAUUGACGCGCUCGACAGCAACACGGUCAUUGUCUCGUACCUGACCGAGGACCAAAUGGUUUGGCCCCCAGUCGGCGGCCCGUUGGGUGCCACUCCGAUUAUCGUCGAUACGGUCACCGGUGCGUGCACGGCCGGCCUGAACACGACCCUGCCCGUCGUGGCCGCCUACUUUUUCUUUGAUUCGGCGGCCCUUGACAACUCGACGGUGGCCGUUGUGUUUGUGGAUCGCAGCGUGAAUGACGGCCUGCGCGGCUGCCUCAUGACCGUCGAAAUCGACUCGACCACCAGCUUGCCCUUUGUCAAGUUUGGCUCCCUGGUCACCAUCAACGACGGUGGCUUCCAGGACUCGAGCGUGUGGACGUUCAUCACCGUUUCGACCCUGGCUGUCGAUCGCUUCAUGGUUGUGUACAGCGAUCUUUCCAACCAAGGCCGUGUCACAAUGUCCAUUUGCACCAAGAACGACGGCGCUCAAAUCAUUGCCGACUCGCCCGAGUUUGUCCUCUCCCCGCCAAACCCCAAGUUUGACAGCGACGUGUACUGGGUUACUGCCACCGAUCUGUCGAGCAACCGCUUUGUGAUUAUCGACUCCAUCUCCGACGGCAGGCACGAUCUUCCGCUCGGUGGACACGUCACCCUCGGCGAAACUCUCAGCACCCCCAUCGGACUGACGGCAGGCAGCUUUGCCAGCGGCACCACGGGCGUCUCCAGCUUGGAUGUGAUUGUUUCUGGCACUGUUAAGGUGCCGAUGACCCUGAAUCCUGGCCGCUGGUACUAUGCCACGACGCUCGGCACGCUCGUGGAAGGCACCCAUACUUCCACCGACAUCAACCGCAACCCAACCGAAUACGUUGUCAACGGCGAUACCAUUGUCACGCUCGACGCUCGCGUUGGCCUGGCUGUUGAUUCGUCUCACAUUCUUAUCCACAUUUGAUUUUUUUUUUCUUUCGUUUAUGCAUGGUUUUUGUGUGUUUUGUGCACUUGUUUGGUUUGGGAAGCUUGUUUUUGCGCCAACGUUUUGUGUGGGUCGCUCAUGGACUAACGUAUCCACGUUCUGUGAUUUCAACAUUCCCAAUAUAUGUCAGUGUCGCCAUCUUCCA